AUGAAGUUAUUACCUGUGUUCCUGUUUCUAGGGCUGUCGUACUACUUUCUUGACAGACUAUUCUACACUUGGUUACCAAGAAACUACAUUUUUGACCCAGUGACGUUGAAUCAAAUUUGCAACAGUGUUAUUGCCAAACAUAACAGUUCGGACGCUAUUGUGGAUGUGAGCUCUUUGUUGGUUGACAUUAGAACCGAAUUGGCCAGUCAUUACGGACCGGAGUACAUCAACGAAUAUGUUGAAGAAGAGUGGGUGUUCAACAAUGCAGGCGGUGCCAUGGGUCAAAUGAUAAUUUUACACGCUUCUGUCUCUGAAUAUUUGAUCUUCUUCGGUACUGCCGUAGGUACAGAAGGUCACACCGGUGUACACUUCGCUGACGACUACUUCACCAUUAUUCACGGUGAACAAACCGCUGCACUCCCAUUUGCUGUGGAGCCUGAAGUGUACACUCCAGGUACAACGCACCAUCUGCCAAAGGGAUAUGCCAAACAGUACAGUAUGCCCAGUGGCUCUUUCGCUCUUGAACUUGCCCAAGGGUGGAUCCCAUGUAUGCUACCAUUCGGAUUCCUAGACACGUUCUCAAGCACUCUGGAUAUUUAUACAUUGUACAGAACCGUCUAUUUGACCGGUAGAGACAUGAUUAAAAAUUUGGUACACAACCAUAAAUUCUGA